AUGCACGCCACAUUCAUGUUGCUGAAGGAUACCCUCGUCGAUGCUCGAAUCCUUCAAUCACUCUCAUCUAGCGCACCUCUGACGCAACCAAGGCUCGCGGAGUGCCGCCUCAGCUCAGACGAAUUUCGACAAUUCCUGUACGACGUUCAGCUUCCGACAGGCGCACUUCCGCGCCUUCUCUACCUCGCGACACCCGUAUGGGAGAUGGCACCCUUCAAAAAUCCUAUCCCUUCCCUCUUCUGUCUUAGCAUCGACUACAUCCCCCCGACGGAUAUGUCCGUGGAUCGAAUCAGGGCACUGCAGCAAACGGCUACUUCCUUCGCUUCGAUUGCAGCUUGCUCCUUGAUCAACUUCCCGUUCGAUAACAUAUCCCAUUCAUAUCUCAUUUCCCAAAUCUUCAAUACCUCUGGUUACGAUCAUCCCUCGUGCGUUGUGCCUUCCUCCUACAGGUUCACCCGACUCAGUUCCAUAGCGAUCCUUCAGGAUAAGAACUUCAACUACAGCACCCUGUCGACAACCAAAAUAAAGUACUUGCAAUGCUAUUCGCAUCGUAAAGUAGCCAAGCUCGUUGGCCACAAGGUGCUUGAAGUUGUCAAAACAAUGCUCGUCGUCGAUAUCGACAUACCAGGCUCCAUCAGCGCACGGAUGUACAACAGCAAUGUUCAUGAUCGAGUGUAUACACGUGCUGGCGACUGGAUGCAUGGUGGAAAGAGGCAGAACGUGCCGUUGAUGUUGAUCUGUGAAGCCCAUAGUGCAGAGAAUCACAGAACGACAUCUGGUAGUCGUGAUAUCGAUCAGGAGCAUGGUGCCUUCUGCAGUAUUAGGUCUUAUGUAUAA